AUGGUGCAGUGUGGGACCCCCGAGUGCAGAGAUGUAGGGCUGACCCCACCCCCACGGGGGGCCCAGGAGGGUUCCGGGAUCCCAGGGCUUCUGGCAGAAUUUGCAGCUCCAUAUGCUGCAUCACGAAGGUCCUCACGGGAAGGAGAGGCUUGGGCUCCGACUUGCCAACCACAAGGCAGAAGCCAGGUGCUUUGGAGGAAGCGACGGCCAGCCCAGAGCUCCCGGGGCAUGCGAUACAAAGUGGGCAGAGGAGGCGACCAGGUGCACCACCUCCCUUCCCUGAGCCCCAGCAUCGUCCCGUCUCCACGAAGGAGGCUGGCCACAGAGAGCCCACAGAAGUUCAACUUCUCCUCCAUUACACAGAUGUACCAUACAACCAAACAUUCCCCCAGCCUUGCCCUGCUGCAGGCCCCGCCGCUGGGCCGCCUCCUCUGCCUCUCAACUGGGCACUGGUUGAGAGCCACCCCCCUGCUCUUGUCGAAUCUCUCCUCCCGGAGCCCCCCAGGCAGAGGAGGUCAGGACCUGGACAAACAGGGACGGCCAUGUGAGGACUCGGGAGAAGAUGGCCGUCUGCAGCCCCAGGAGAGGGGCCUUGAAGGGACUACCAGCCAGCAGCUCGAUCUCAGCCUCUGGCCUCCAGGAAGCCUGUAUGCCUGGCCCCCUGAAAUCCACCAUGACCCUAAGAGAAGGACUGUGGUCAGAAGAGAAAGCUCUUUCCAGGAGGGCUUCCAGGAGACGCCAGACACAGCCCUGUCUCCAGAGACAGAUGCACAGUGCCUCUCGGGGUCAGAGCUGGAAGCCCAUGGAGAUGUGAGCCUGGCGUGGACGCCGCGUCCGCAGGUGAGGCCCGAGAGAGGCGCCGGGCUCCGGACGUGCCUGGAGCACACAGACGCAGGCUUUGCGGUCGCCAUGGUGACUGCGACUGUGGCUCUUAACUUGGUUUUGUGCAGGUUUUCUGGGGUCUUGAAGGAAGAGUUGCUGGGGGAGGUGCUUUGCACCGGGCUGGAGGUGGUGCGGCAGCAGACGGAGGGGAGGGUUUCUCCGGAGGGGUGGCCAGGAGACCCAAAGGAGGUGGUAGCUGAGAAGGGGGCCUGUCGGGCCCAUCCCGGAUCUGACCGGACUGGAAGGCUAGCCCCAGGAUAG